GCUUGUGCUUCACUGGAACUCGAAGCUGCCUAAUCAAUUGAUUAAUCUUAAGGGGGUCAAUCUCUUACCUUGUUUCAUCUUGCUGUUUAUAUACGAAUAUAAAAAGCAUUUUUUUGAGAGAACAGUGAACGUGCUCUGCUUUGUCCGGACUUCAUUCAAACCAAACCUCACGCUUGCAGAGAGAGAGAGAGAGAGAGAGAGAGAGAUGGAGAGAGGGAGGCUCUUGCUAUUUUUUAUUUCAUUCAAAUCCUGAAGGCUGAAACCCCAUUGAAGAGAGAGAGAGAGAGAGAGAGAGAGGUCUUAGGAACCUGGGCUUUGUCCAUCUUUUGAGAGCUAAAAACAGCCCACGCUUGCUCUAGAGAGCGAAAGUAUCGAAAAGUGAAUUGUGAAGAAGAAGGAGGAGGAGGAGGAGGAGGAGGAGGAGGAGAGAGAGAGAGAGAGAGAGAGAGAGAGAGAGAGAGAGAGAGAGAAGCAGAGGAACUGAUGGGUGUGAAGAUGAUGCAAGGCCACCAUUUGGUGUCCGUGAGGUUGAAUGAGAAACUGGGAGGCACAAAAAGGAACUACACAAUCGUGCACCGCCUUCCUCUAACCGGAUUACUGAUUCUUUGGUUGAUCGUUGUGGGCCUUGUGAGCUAUCUUUAUGUGUAUGAACCAACUGAUGCUGACACCAAGACCAGAAGGCAGGACGGGCUGGUAACCAUGUGCGAUCAGAGAGCUAGGAUCUUGCAAGACCAGUUCAGUGUCAGUGUUAACCAUGUCCACGCCCUUGGUAUUCUUGUCUCAACCUUCCACUAUUACAAGAACCCAUCUGCAAUUGAUCAGGAAACUUUCGCCGAAUACACUGCCCAAACCGCCUUUGAGCGGCCACUGCUUAGUGGGGUGGCUUAUGCACAGAGGGUGGUGCAUUCAGAGAGAGAAGAAUUUGAGAGAGAACAUGGGUGGAUGAUAAGAACAAUGGAGAGGGAGCCUUCGCCUAUCCGGGACGAGUAUGCCCCUGUUAUUUUCUCUCAAGAGACAGUGUCCUAUAUAGAAUCACUUGAUAUGAUGUCAGGAGAGGAGGAUCGCGAGAACAUUUUGAGGGCUAGGGCUACCGGGAAAGCAGUUCUUACUAGCCCUUUUCGGUUGUUGGGUUCUCAUCAUCUAGGGGUUGUGUUGACAUUUCCAGUUUACAAAUCCAAACUCCCUCCAAACCCAUCAGUGGAACAACGAAUUCAAGCAACUGCAGGAUAUCUUGGCGGGGCCUUUGAUGUUGAGUCGCUAGUUGAGAACUUGCUUGGGCAACUGGCUGGGAACCAGGCGAUUUUGGUGAAUGUUUAUGAUGUUACCAACUCUUCUGACCCCUUAAUCAUGUAUGGACACCAAUAUGACGAUGGCGACAUGUCCCUUAAGCAUGUCAGCACAGUUGAUUUCGGAGAUCCAUCCAGAAAGCACCAAAUGGUGUGUGGGUACCUUCAAAAGGCACCCACAUCGUGGUCGGCAGUCAACAAUGCCGGCUCUCUUUUUGUCAUUCUUGUUUUAGUUGGUUGCGGUGCGUAUUUUUCAGCACGCCAUGCUGUUAAAUUUGAGGAUGACUUCCAUGAAAUGCAGGAGCUGAAAGUCCUAGCAGAAGCUGCUGAUGUUGCUAAAUCCCAGUUUCUAGCCACUGUUUCGCAUGAAAUCAGGACACCCAUGAAUGGUAUUCUUGGAAUGCUUGCCCUCCUUCUGGAUACUGCUUUGAGUUCAACACAAAGGGACUAUGCUCAAACUGCUCAAGCGUGUGGAAAGGCAUUGAUAGCGUUAAUAAAUGAAGUGCUUGACCGUGCAAAAAUUGAAGCUGGCAAGUUAGAGUUGGAGGCAGUACCAUUUGACCUUCGCUCCAUACUAGAUGAUGUUCUUUCUUUGUUCUCUGAAAAGUCCAGGCAUAAGGGUAUUGAGUUGGCAGUGUUCAUUUCUGAUAAAGUUCCUGACAUAGUUAUGGGGGAUCCAGGAAGAUUCCGACAAGUGAUCACAAAUCUCGUGGGCAAUUCGGUCAAAUUCACUGAGCGAGGACAUAUAUUUGUGCAAGUCCAUCUAGCUGAACAUGCGAAGGCUGUAAUGGAUGCAAAAGCCGAAUCCUGCUUGAACGGAGGAGCCAGUGUGGUCCCUUUGAGUGCCUGUCAGUUCAAAACCCUAAGUGGUUGUGAAUCUGCCGACGACCGCAUCAGUUGGGAUGCUUACAAAUACUUAAUUGCCGAUCAAGAAUUCCACAUGGCCAGUGAGGAGACGUCUCAAAAUGUCACUUUACUUGUAUCUGUGGAAGAUACUGGGAUUGGCAUUCCUUUAGGUGCUCAGGAGCGAGUUUUCACGCCAUUUAUGCAGGCCGACAGUUCAACCUCUAGACAUUAUGGAGGAACUGGAAUUGGGUUGAGUAUAAGUAAGUGUUUGGUGGAGCUAAUGGGUGGUCAUAUAAGUUUCAUAAGCCGUCCUAAAGUUGGAAGCACAUUCUCGUUCACCGCGGCAUUGAGAAGGUGCGAAAAAAAUGCUUUCAAUGAUCUCAAAAGAUCAAUUUCUGAUGAUCUCCCUACUGGAUUUAAAGGGUUGAAAGCAAUUGUAGUUGAUGGGAAACCAGUUAGAGCAGCUGUAACUAGAUACCAUCUGAGGAGACUUGGUAUCCUGGUUGAAGUUGUAAGUAGCAUCAAGAUGGCAAUUCCGGUUUCUGGCAGAAAUGGUUCAUUGAGAUCCCUAAAUGCAAGGCAACCGGAUAUGAUACUAGUUGAGAAGGACUCAUGGAUGUCUGGCGAGGACAGUAGCGCAAAUUCAUGGUUCCUGGACUUGGAACAGAAUGUCCGCAAGUUGCAAUUGCCGAAGAUGAUAUUACUCGCAACCAAUAUAACUGGCGCUGAAUUUGACCAUGCAAAACAAGUAGGUUUUGCAGACACUGUGAUAAUGAAACCUCUGAGAGCAAGUAUGGUGGCAGCAUGCCUUCAGCAGGUGCUGGGAACAGGGAAGAAAAUGCAACAAGGGAAAGACAUGGUUAAUGGGUCUAAUCUCCUUAGGAGCUUGCUACGUGGCAAGAAAAUAUUGGUGGUAGACGACAAUAUGGUAAACCGCAGAGUUGCCGCUGGAGCACUCAAGAAAUUUGGGGCUGGUGUAGAGUGUGCUGAUAGUGGCAAAGCUGCUCUUGCAUUGCUCCAGUUACCACAUGAUUUUGAUGCUUGCUUCAUGGAUAUUCAAAUGCCUGAAAUGGAUGGUUUUGAGGCUACACGUCGUAUUCGGAAGUUGGAGAACGAAGCAAAUGAGCAGAAAAAAACGAAUGAACGGUCCUCUACUGAUGGAAGAAAGGCUGAAUGGCACUUACCAAUAUUAGCCAUGACCGCAGAUGUGAUUCACGCCACGUUUGAUGAAUGCCUGAAAUGCGGCAUGGAUGGAUAUGUGUCAAAACCCUUUGGAGAAGAGAAUCUCUAUCAGGCUGUUGCACAUUUCUUUGAUUCUAAACCCAUUUCAGAUCCUUAGACCUAUUUCAAUUUACCAGUGACUUGGGUAUAUCUAAUAAGUUGAAGAAGUACAGGUGUUAAUCCCUUGAGCAUUACCAGCAAAUUUUCCAUAUUCUGCUGGUGCUUUUUCCUGGAGUACAGGUUUGGACAAUUAGUUCUAACGCACUUUAUUAAAAUUGAUUGGUUUCUGCAGACAUUGUAUACUACUGAAAGAACCAUCUUUCCCCACUUGUAUGUAUAGAUCGGUAGAGGGGGGUAGGAGGUGGUGUAGCAAAAUGUUGCAUGUUCUGAUAAUGUUGUAAGUUUCUGUUGCCACGGCCAGUCAAGAAGCCACUGUAAUCCCUUGAUUUGUAAAAUUGUACUACUCUUUUUGACGAGUCCUUUUUCCCA